AUGGCAUCUACUCUUUUGACCACCAAGAAACGAAGACUCUCCGAGGGCCAUGUGGGAGUCUACCCAUCCCAUCCGCUAUCCUUGUCUUUCUUUGUUCGGCGCAUCCCCAUCGAAAUCACCCUCGAAAUCCUCAAACUCCUCAAACUUGGAGGUCUGUUGGUCAUGGCGAACGUCAAUAAUAUCUUUCGCCAAAUACUUGCAUCCAAACUCUGCAACGCCACUUGGGACAAAGUGCUCACUGGCGCAGGUUGUCCAACACGACUACCUUCUAUAAAUGGCCUUCAAUUGGCUUUCUUUCUCUUUCGAGUGGAGGGAGCUCGAUGCCAGGCAAGAAUGCAAGAAAUGGCGGGGAGUCCAGCUUCAUCCAUUCCACUUAGCACUCAAAUGGCUUUGUUACUUUGCUCUCCACAAGACCUUGGGGUUGAGCUCCCCGCAGAGGUUUACGACUUCAUUCCUUUCAUCACCUAUGGUGGUGAAAGGAAGUAUUUAAGGAAUUUUGCGCAAGAAUUGAGAAGUCGACUUCAAAACGGAGAAGGACUGGAGAAUAUACGGACCACUAGCAUGGAUAUUGUCAAGUUGGCCACGGCAACCAAGAAAUGGAUGGACGAAUGA